AUGGCUUUAUCUUACAUCAUCAAUAUACUAAUAAAUAUAGAUAGAGAUCAGUAUACUAAUAAAGCAACUCUCUUCUUAAUAUUAUGCCUUGGUAUCAUUAAUGGUCAAUCAUCACCAAUGAUGGUUUUCAAUCAACAGCCAGACCAAAGCAUUGAAUACCUUGAAAUUGAUAUUUAUUCAGGUCAAGUUCUCAAGAACCAAUCAAUUGCCAACAAUGAUGGUGUUAAAAUCCUCAAGUACAUGCAAGCAGCAGAUCCAUUUGUUUCAUUCUUUACCACCAAUGGUACAAAUUUUCAAAUUUAUACUUUUAAUGUUAAUACAAAUGAAUUUAUCAACACCUUUAAUUCAACAACCAACUUUUUAAAUGAACCAACAUUCUCUGAUCAACCAUUUGGAUAUUUCUGGAAACAAACCAGCACUGCUUAUUUCCCAGGACCAACACAAUUAAAUCGUACUGCACAAUUCAACUCUGUUCCAACCUCUGCAUUUGAUGGUAUUGAUUACUUUUAUGUCCACUUUUCGAUUGGUGAUAUCACUGGAAUUAGUGAGUUUUCUCUUUUGGGAAGUACCUCAAAGCAAGUGAUCCUUUCUACUCCAGGUCGCCAAAUCCAAGGUACCCAACAACUCUUUAUGUUGUACGGUCAACUCUACCUUUGUGUCUUGGAGAAUGGUGUGGGUGUUACAGUGUCUAUCUUGAACCUAGACAAUGGUGAGGUUGAUAUCAUCUACAAGGAUCUCAACCCAGAAUAUCAAAAUACUUUCCAACCAUUUGUACUCAACAAGAUUAAUGGUUCCAUCUCUAUCCUUGUUAAAACCAGUGACAACAAGAUCCUCUCCACCUUUAUCUUCUUUAACCAAUCCACCAAGCAAUUCACUAUCGAUAAUGUUAUUCCUGAAAAAUCCAAUAUUAUUAUCCCAGUCGUGAUCAUCAGUAAUAGAGACAAUGCACUACUAGUAUCAGGUCAAGUAAACUAUACUUAUACAGCAUCACCGAGGGUAACAUCAACAGGUUCGACAGCACUCUUUAUCAAUAUGCGUGUAUUCAGUCCUGCUGACUGUCCAAUGAACCAAUACCCAACGGGCUACCCUGAAAAGGUUGUGUCGUUCUUACCAGGUCAAUGUUACAACUAUCCCAACCAUACAAGCGUUGCAAUGUACAUUGUAAACACUAUCUUGUUCAGUUACAACGAGUAUGCUAGUUGGAACUGUCUCAACCCCCUCGUCACUACCUUUCAAUUCUCAUACAACCCAGUAUCAUGA